ACGCUCUGACUUCCUGUCGCUCUCUAACGCUCUGACUUCCUGUCCUCCAGAGGUGAGUCAGCGGAUCCAGACAGCGCACCCUGGUGGCCGGCAGGUGAUGCUGCACUACCUGCUGCCGUGGAUGAACAACGUGGAGCUGGUUGAUCUGAAGCCCACCACGAGGCGGGCGGAGGAGGGCGGCAGCGCUGAGGAAGAGGAGGAGGAGCGGGAGACGAUGAUGGUGAACAGCCGGCGCUGGCUGAGAGGAGAAGGCUGGGGUUCUCCUCGAGCGACCACCAUGGUGCUCAACAACCUCAUGUUCAUGACCGCCAAGUACGGGGAUGAGUUCGCCUGGUCGGAGAUCGAGAACGUUUGGACCACGUUAGCCGACAGCUGGCCGAAGAACCUGAAGAUCAUCCUGCACUUCCUCACCAGCAUGUCGGGGGUCAGCAGCGACCCCAGCCUCCUGCUAUACGUGAAGCGUGUGGUGGUGUACCUGGGUCGGGAUAAGACCAUGCAGCUGCUGGAGGAGCUGAUGUUUGAGCUGGAGAGCACGGAGCCUGUUAGCUCAGCCGUCACUCACAUGGACAACCCUCCAUACUACCGCAUCACCUCUAGCUACAAGAUCCCCGCCGUCACCUCAGGUAAGCUAAAGGAGGCUAAUGUUGGGCUAUAAAGGAACUACAGCACGGUCACAUGACUUCACCAC